AUGACGUAUCUUAUCCAAAACAACUUCAUAGAUGCUAUGAAUGCCAUUAGGUUUACCAUUCUUAAACCCCCAUCUUCAUAUUUUUUAACAAUGGAGGUUGUAGGCUCCUUCUGCUACCUCGGAGACAUGCUUUCCGCAGCUGGUGGCUGUGACAUUGCAGCCACUACGCGUGUGAAGACUGCCUGGAAAAAGUUCAGGGAGCUGCUACCAGUCCUGACAUCACGCCAUCUGUCGUAUAAGACCCGUGGUCGAGUGUAUAACACCUGUGUACGGAGCGCUAUGCUCCAUGCCAGUGAGACCUGGGCACUGACCAAGCCAAAUCUUCAUCGCCUACUACGCAAUGACAGGGCCAUGAUAAGACAGAUCUGUAACAUCAAGCCUGAAGAUAUGGCCACUGUAAGUUCAACUGAAUUGCUGGGGCGGCUUGGGAUCGACGACCUCGACCUCGUCUUAAGGGAAAGGAGACUCCGCUGGUAUGGCCAUGUUGUCAGAUUCAGCAGUGCAGUCAAGUGCGCUUUAAAUGUACAAGUUCCUGGGAGACGUAGAGUUGGUCGGCCAAUGCUAUCUUGGAGAGAGUUGACGGAGAAAGAUCGUAGAGAAUGGAAGCUCUCAACUGCCGACCUUCAAGACCGGAAAGAAUGGAGAUCUGAGGUGAGAUCUGCCAUACGUGCAGCCAGCCAGAUACCUGGAAGAGGGCCCACUAGUGUGGACACUACCCGUGGAUACUGCACGGAAAUAAAAAGGAACCGACAAUAA